AUGGGUAGGAGUGUUCGUACAGCAGAAACUUUCACCUAUUCAGCCUCUGUGGUUGAUCCAACCAUUUGCAAGGAGAAGGUAACUGGGGAGUAUCAAUUCCCACGGAAUUCCCUUUGUGUCACCUUCUCCUCCAGCUGGUGUGGAGAAUCUGGUGCCCCUCUCAUCUGCAUUGACGCCAUCUAUGGUUACUAUAAAUCACUGAUGCGAAUGGAUGUGGACAACUUGUUGGCAUCGAAGAUGGAAUCUUCAGGAUCGUCUCCUGCCCAAUGGAGGGAAUGCGGGAAAAUAGCGACACAGACAUCGCUCUCAGCAGGUGGAAAUCCCGCUCUCAUAGGAGAGUGGCCGUGGCAGGCAGCUAUUUACGACACGGAGAAGAAGGAUAUCAUAUGCGGAGGAGCUCUUAUUCAUAGGAAAUGGGUGAUCACUGCUGCCCAUUGCGUCACCUUUGAGGGAUCACCUAAAGUCCGAAGUUGGGAUUCCUUUCUGGUUUAUCUUGGGAAACACUAUAGAGUUAACUCUCAAGAUGAUGAGUUCGUGCAAAAAAAGAAAAUAUAUCGAAUCAUUACCCAUGAAGAUUUCUCCAUGCUGAAUUUCGACUCCGAUAUCGCACUCUUGAAACUGACGGAACCUGCCACGUUAUCCCGAAGAGUGCAGCUGCUUUGCUUCCCUGCAAGUCCAGAUGUCUUUGAGAGAAACCCCUCGAACAGAUUACAAGGAUGGGUGGCUAGCUGGGGUGCCGAUAGUUCGAAUACGCUCCCGAAUGUCUUGAUGAAAGUGGAACUUCCUUUAAUAACCAACUCUCAAUGUCGCCGGGACACAGCUCACUUCACUGGGGACCCCACUGUCGCAAAUUCCCUGACUUCAAAUGUGUUUUGUGCCGGACAUGAUAGGGAUACACCACUCCAAGAAUACCAAAGUGUCUGUCCUGGGGAUUCGGGGAGUCCCCUGGUUCUGCUAUCUGGUACCUCGGAAGACAGUCGCUGGACCAUCGAAGGGAUCGUGAGUCACUUCUUCAGCAAAGAAGAGUGUUCCAUGAGGCGUCCUGGCCAAUACGGCAUCUUCACCAAAGUGAAUCGGUUCGUUCAAUGGAUAAAGGAUAAGCUUGACAACACCAAAUGAGGUCUUUCAACUAUUUGGACUCAUACGUGAUCAUACUCAUCCACGUGCCUGACAGCUUAUCUUCCAAAACAAUUUCGGAACGCGAUGGGCAUUAUUGUUGUAUGACAGACGUUCAACCGCUAAUGGGGGCACGGAGCAAAAUAUAAAGUGGAGACAAUAGUGCAAGGACAACGAAAACCCCCCAUAUAAAAACGUUGGUGGACAAUUGACCAAUGCUUGUGAUUUAUGACGUGUGUUUAAUAUUUUUUUAAACUAAGAAGC